AUGUUGCCAACGGGCCAGAUAUUCGUACUCAGGGUGUCAGCUGUGCUGUUGCUGUUGGUCGGAAACUUGGCAGCUGCCGAGUUCUAUUCCUCCAUUCACGAAAUGACGAAGGUCUUUGGCUACGAGCAGAGACUGCUGCUGCAUAUGCAAAAGUUUAUAGCCGAUAAUGAGAGCAAAUUGGAUUUUCUGAAGGCACGUCUGAUCGAAUUUGAACGGGAGCGGGACGAAGCUGCCAGUGAGGGGGUCGCCUACUUCCAGAGUCCCCUCAACAAAUUUGUGCUUACAAAGCGACUGACGCUGGACUGGCAACGCGUUGAGAAUCUGAUGUCAACCGAAACCGGCUCCAUGGCACUUGGACGUCUCCACAAGCUGCGUCGUAACAAGAGAAUGCCCAGCUCGGGAGAAGUGGCAGGCGCCAUCGAUGGUCUGCUGCGUCUGCAAUAUAUCUACCGAUUACCCACUAAGGAUAUAGCGGCUGGCAUUCUCGAUGGUGUACCCUAUGGCACCGAGCUAGAUGCUCAGCUUUGUCUGGAUAUUGGACGUCAGGCGCUGCAGGAUAGGAAAACGCUUCUGGCACAUUCCUGGGCGCUGGAGGCACGCCAGCGCUUGAAUGAAGAGUCAUUGGAGCUGCAACCACAGAUUCUGGCGCUACUGGUGGAGACCAAAGUGGAGCUCGAAGAUUUCCAAGGGGCCAAUAGCACCUAUCACGAGCUUAUCGAAUUACAGCCUGCUAGCGAGCAGCAUGCCAAGAAUUACGAGACUUUUAUGCAGGCCAACAAGGACAAACUAUCGCAGUCGAAGAAUAUUACGGAUGAGCAUGAUCCCGUGCCGGAGGAUUUUACAGGCCUACCGGACGAUAUCCUAUAUCGAUACACUUGCAGCGGUCACAUUCGACCACCACCCGCUGAGUUCCGGGACCUGCGCUGCGGCUUCAUGUCAGAAACGCAUCCUUUUCUAAUCCUAGCACCCCUGAAAGUCGAGGAGCUGCAGCGGGAGCCGCUGCUAGUCGUUUAUCACGAUGUCAUUUAUCAGGGCGAAAUCGAUAUUAUCAAGAACCUGACCAAGAACAGAUUUGAACGCGCCCAAGUGAUGGGAGACAAUACCUCGGUGGUUUCGACCGUACGCACGAGCCAGUUUCAAUUCAUGCCCAAAACAACGCACAAGGUGCUGCAAACCAUAGAUGAACGUGUGGCCGACAUGACCAAUUUGAACAUGGACUAUGCCGAGGAUCAUCAGUUUUCCAAUUACGGAGUAGGCGGCCACUAUGCACAGCACUUUGAUUAUUUCCUUCCGCCGGCGUUUGAAACAAAUCAGGUGAGUCCUGUCGAAUGGGGCAACCGCAUCGCCACAGUGCUGUUCUAUCUCUCGGACGUGGCUCAGGGUGGUGGCACCGCCUUUCCACGCCUCAAACAAUUACUGAUGCCCAAGAAGGGAUCUGCAGCCUUUUGGUAUAAUUUACAUGCCAGUGGUGCGCCUAACGAGCAGACUUUGCAUGGCGCCUGCCCCAUUAUUGUGGGCUCCAAGUGGGUUCAAAAUCGUUGGAUACGAGAGUACAUACAGGGCGAUAAGCGUCCUUGCGAGGUCUGGGAUGAUUCACUCGCCUCCUAUAGCCAAAUAAAAAACCUAAAACAUAAGCUGCAAUAAUAAAAGACUUUUGAAUUUGAA